AUGGCUGGAGAAUCUAGUACUCUUCCAUCUGAAUCAGAUUUCAGGUUUCUCGAAGAGACAUAUGGCCUCUCUCCGACAGACGGAGUUGAGUUUCCAUUUCCCGGUUUGUCGAUUCUUUCUCCCCCUCCUGGGAAAGUGGGUGUCUAUUUGAUGACUCUCAAUGCUGGUUUACGUCUUCCUCUUAUUGAUUUCCAAGAGGAAGUUUUGCAGAAGGUUGGAUGUAGUGUCCAAAUACUUACCCCCAACGUCGUGAACAAAGUGGUGGCAUUCGAGAUGAUUAGUCGCGCUAACGGUUUUCUCCCUGAUUACUUUGUUUUCAAGUAUUUAUUUAGGUUCUGGUUCACCGGUGACAAAUGUACCUUUUUUGUCCGAUUAGGAGGACAUACCCUGGUUCCUGACAGGAGGACCCCCUAA